CGAGAAUUAACGAACCAACAACACGAACAGGAUUGUCAGCCAAACAUAAAGGCAGUGCAAAUGAGCUGCAGCUGGCGCUCAUAGACCGCAGCUGCGGUGCUAGUUAACAGACGCACACAAUCAGAUAGAGACGCAAGAUGAACAUACAGAACCAUGAACCGUGACACAACACUAAUGAAUCAUUUCAAUCAACCUCUGAGGCAAACCCGUAACACUUAAAUUCAACCUCUCACAGGCCAGGCCCAAAGAGUCACUUUGUCUGGCAUCGGGUGAAAAAUUCUCCAUGUGCUUGUGAGAUGAGGUCUCUGUGCAACGGGAGAGGCCAAGGCAGAUCGAACAGGAGCUGGAUUAUCUCUGUCAGCCACAACUUCCCUGGCCAGUUCAGAGCAAUCUGUAUUACUGAGUGAUUGCACUCUCUUACUCUUUUUAGAGUUGGUAUGAUCAGACUCAAUGGAAGAAAUGUGUAAAACAGUAUGCUUGGCCAUGGGUGUGUUUGUGGAUACAGAUGAAAUACCGUCAGUGUCAGUGAUGGAGGGAGAUUCUGUCACUUUAUACACUGGUGUUACUGAACUACAUGAAAAUGAUGAGAUAGAAUGGAGGUUAAAUAGAAUUCUCAUUACUACAAUCAGUCGUGACCCCAAUGGCAUCAAAGUAUGGGUUAAUACUGAUGGGGAUUUAAACGGCAGACUGCAGCUGGAAAAUCAGACUGGAGAUCUUACGAUAAGAAACAUCAGAAACACAGACUCUGGACAGUGGAAAAUAAAAAUCGUCAGCACCAGAGGAUCCCCAUCGAAGACAUUCAACAUCAGUGUCGUCCCUGUGGAUGAAUUGAAGCCAUUGUCAGUGAAGGAGGGAAAUUCUGUCACCCUCAACAGCAAUAUUAAUGAAAUACAGAGAGAUGAUGUGAUACGAUGGAGGUUUGAACAUCUUAACACUCCUGUAGCUGAAAUCAGUAGAAAGGAAGGAAUCUUCAAAACAUAUAAUGGUCUUGAUGAGAGAUUCAGAGACAGACUACAGCUGGAAUAUUUGACUGGAUCUCUGACCAUCAGGGACAUUGGAACCAGUCACUCUGGAGUUUAUGAAGCUGACAUCAGGAUUGGCAGCAGUGGAUACACCACACACAAGUCAUUCAAUGUGACUGUCAGCGAUGCAGUGAAGACCGUGUCAGUGAUUGAGGGAGAAACUGUUACUCUACAGACUGUUACUGAAAUACAGACAGAUGAUCUGAUACUGUGGAUGUUUGAAGGCACUGUUGUAGCUGAAAUCAAUAAAGCAGCCCAACGAUUCUCCAUAUAUGAUGGACCUGAUGGGAGAUUCAGAGACAGACUGAAGUUGGACAAUCAGACUGGAUCUCUGACCAUCACAGACACCAGAACCACAGACUCUGGACUUUAUGAAGUGAAGAUCAGAAACAGCAGACGCACCAUAAACGGGAGAUUCACUGUUACUGUCACUGGUCCAGGUCUGUCUCCAGCUGCUGUAGCAGGGAUUGUUGGUGUUAUUGUUGCUGUUGUUAUUCUGGUGACUGCAGCUGUAGCUGUAGUUGUAGCUCCUGUUGUGAUUAAACAUCGACGCAGGAUCGCUGAACUAGAAAGACGAAGGAGAAGUGUUCGGCUCCUCUUUUCAGACUUAUUCAGUGGUGUUGGGCACAACGUUUCAGACUUCUUCAGUGCUGUUGGGCACAUCUUUUCAGACUUCUUCAGUGCUUUUUUCUCAAAGGAAGGGUGGAAGACCCCCGGAAGAGAGUCCUAUCUUUGAUGAAUGAUUCAGUGAUGAAGUUGUCCAAACUCACUGAAACAGAACAGCAGCAGUUUCUAGUCGUUUAUAAUCACUUUAUCAAUACACACAUGAAGAGUUUGAAGUGGACACAGUCGAGCUUUUGUAAUAUGAAACUGAUGAGUUUGUUUUGACAUAAACAGAGAAACAUGCUUUUAUUCGAGAUUAAGUUAAUGUAACAGUUUUCUGUUUGUGCUGAUGAUGAUGUUACACUGAUCAUAUUACGCUCUUUUGACUCAGUUUGACUGAUUAAACGCAGGAUGUGACACUAAAAUGACUUGAUUGUUGUUAAACCUGCAAAAUAUUUCAGGACUAAACUCAGGUUAAUUAAUGUGUGUAUGAUUUUAUUUGUGUUUGUUUUUACUUGAUACUAUUGCUCAUAUUUGUACUUUAGUUAUUCAUAGCUUUGAUAUUUUGUAGAUGACUUUAGACUUUUUAGAUCUUCAGUGUUAUGAAAAUAAAGUUUUGUGUGUGGUUAAGUCUGGUGUGUGUUUGGUAAUGUAUUCAGUUCAUGUACUCAUGUAUAGAGUUAAAACUCUGAUUAUUUCAGUCACUGAUGAUGAAAAGAUCACAUCAGAUGAAUAAAGAGAAGUGUG